AUCACCACCUCUCUCUCUCUCUCUCUCUCUCUCUAACAAAUAUCUAUCAAAUUCGCAGAAAUUCAUCAAAACCAAUGGCUACGAUGCGUCCUCACAGUUUCCUCAUUCUCAUCGCUCUUCUCCUUCCGUUUAUGGCCGUCGCCGCUCGGAGCAAGGCGUUGGUCGGAGGUUGGAGUCCGUUGAAGAACCUGAAUGAUCCGCACGUGCAAGGGAUCGCGGAGUUCGCGGUGUCGGAGUACAACAAGCAAUCGAAGGCGGAAUUGAAGUUGGAUAAGGUCGUCAAGGGCGAGACUCAGGUCGUCUCCGGCACCAAUUACCGCCUCGUCCUUGCCGUGAAAAAUGGGGCUAAAUCGGAGCGUUAUCAGGCCGUCGUUUGGGAGAAGCCUUGGGAGAAUUUCAAGAAGCUGACUUCCUUUGACCCUGUUCACUAAUGUAGGAUGCCUAAUCUCUCUCAAUCUACUUCUUUUUUUUUUUUUUUUUUUUGGUAUGUUUUGGAGGAAGAUAGCGCGUAAUAUAAUGCCUCUGGUUGUAAGAAUUUACAGAACUUGUUAUUAUUAAAUAAAAAGUUUGAGAAUUAUUGUUUGA